AUGAGUUCUGUCAACUCGGCAACUGUUCUCCUGAACAGGGUGUUGUCACUCAAAGAGGCAUCGCCACUGCUGCUCGUGCUGGAUUCUGUCAUCCAGUCAAGUUACUUCUUCCAGCAAGAGCUCAUACACAAGGCCAAGAGCGAAUCCGUUCCUAUCACAUACUUAUCCUUCGAGACCCUCGAUCGACCCGAAGUGGACGAGCUAGUGCUUUGUGACGAAUUGUCUCCCGAGCAGAUUAUUGCUAAAGUUGGCAAGAGUACGAAACAGCUAGUGAUAAUCGACUCGAUCAACUAUAUUCCUGAGAAUCAGCUCAACAAUUUUCUGCGUGGAAUAAUCUCGCCCACCACAGUCGUCUGUGCAACUUACCAUACUUCAAUUCCACAGGUGUCGGUGCCUGGUUGCCAGAACAUGCCUACCGCCAUCCAAAGGCUACUGUUCAUGGCAACAACAGUUUUCGAGCUAAGGCCUGCAAACUCGUCACUCACAGACGAUGAACUGGAAGUUGCGUCUCACAAGUUAGAGAUUCCUAUUGGAAUAGCAAACAAGCCAAUUUUCGAGGCCAAGAUGAUCUACAGAAGAAAAUCUGGCCGCGCUUUGGAGUACGCAUUUACUAUAGACACACUGACUCACGAAUAUCAGGUUAAGCAGCAAAACGUUGCCGAAGGAGACGACGCUGAGCUGCUGGAAAAUCUCACAACUUUCAACUUGACCACCACACAAAAACAGAAGCUGGCCCGCGAGCAAGUGGACCUUCCAUUCUUGCAGGCUCAGCAGUCUUUGGGAGCCGUGGGAGGCGCCAUUGUGUACGAGUUUGAGAAAGACGACGACUAUGACGAGGAUGAUCCGUACGAGGAUCCAUUUUAG